AUGACAGUACCCGGCAGCGAGGGACCUACACUUAACGAUGGUACCGCUCUCCCGACAGAUCUGUCUCAUCCGAGUCUGCACAGCUGGAUUCGAAUCAAUCUUGACGACAAGGAAACUGAUGUACGAACUCAGAUUCAGCGUGUAAUCCAAGAUGUCCCUUAUCCUUGGAGGUCCGUGGAGUCGAUACCCCCUUCGGUGGAAACGAUAGUUAUGGAUGUAUUGCAGCAGGAACUGGAUGAUGUGUCUUGUCCCGAUGAGUAUCGAACUGCCUGCUUGAAAUGUCUUCGAGCGCUGUCCAAGGCCAAGAACAUUUUGCCCUCUUCCUUUUUCUCUCAAAAUGUGACUAGAGAAGGAGCAAAUCCCAUCUGCGGUGGCGGAUAUGCAGACAUAUGGAAGGGACAUCUUCGUGAUACUCAAGUCUGCUUGAAGGUUCUUCGGAUUUUUGCCACUGAAGAAGCUCGGACAAAGAUUCUUCGAGAUUUGUGUCAUGAAGCUCUCAUGUGGAGGCAACUCCGCCAUCCUAAUAUCCUUCCCUUCUUGGGAGUCAGCAAAGACCUUUUCGCUCCCAGUUAUUGCAUGAUAUCUCCCUGGAUGGUCAAUGGAAAUAUCAUGUCUUAUCUUGAAGCCCAUCCUGAUCAUGAUCGCCUUACAUUGCUGAUUCAGGUCGCCGAAGGGAUGAAAUAUUUACACAAUCAUGAUCCUCCCAUAGUGCAUGCCGACAUCCGUGGGGCAAAUAUUCUUGUCACGGAUGAUCUAUGUUGCUGUCUGGCUGAUUUUGGCCUUUCCCUGUUCGCGGAAUCACAGGCUUUCGACAGCUCUCCUAGGAUGACCAGAGGAAGCCUUCGCUGGCUAGCUCCUGAGUAUAUAGAUUUUACACCAUUCGACAAAUCAUACCUCACCGCUAGGGAUAUUUAUGCCUAUGGAUGCACUGUUAUCGAGGUCUUUACUGGCAAGCCACCUUUCAGUGAUAUCAAAAAUGAUGCCCGCGUUAUACACAAGGUAAUGAAUGGGAGUCGUCCACCAAGACCUCCCGCAAAUGUUUUCCCCAACGACAGACUAUGGUCACUUGUAACAGCAUGUCUCAUGACUGUGCCAUGCGGGCGGCCAAACACUGAGAAUAUUUUGAUUGUCUUAUCACUUGUCAACACUGGAUUUUGUGAACUGGAAUCACCUGCCGCCGUCGUUGAAGUUUGCGGAUUAGAAUCGCUGCCAGACGCAGCCAUUGAAUCUCUUCAACAUACAUAUCCGGUGUAUUCAUCUCGGACUUCUCCCAUGAUCCCAGAUACAGCAGUCGAUUCUAGGAAAUUACCCCCCCUUAAUACUUCUCCACAUGGUUAUCCCUCAGCGUCUUCGACGAUGCACGGUGGCAGUCAUAUUCGGUCACCGACAGCAUCCUAUCCGGCUGCCUACAACAAUUAUCCGACGAAUGCAUCUGGCUCCUACAGAUACGCCAUGUCGAUGGCUGAUUUAUCUAACAUUCCGAUGAGUUCUCAUUCUCAUACAGCCAUGACUGAUGUGCGCUCGUCCUCUCCCUAUGGGCGAAAUUUAUCUCAUGUUCCACCGCCUUCAUACACUCCGCCACCGGUAUCCCCUACCUCCGCUGAUGACUCGCCAACCAUCAAGAAAAAACGAAAACGUGCUGACGCCGCACAACUCAAAAUUCUCAACGAGACCUACGCCCGCACCGCUUUCCCGUCAACGGAAGAGCGCCUUGCGUUGGCUAAAUUAUUGGAUAUGUCUACGAGAAGCGUCCAGAUUUGGUACUCGUGUUGUUUCCGCUACGAUCAUCACCUUUUUACUUACCAGCCCUCGAAUUUUACAGGUUCCAAAAUAAAAGACAGUCGAUGAGGCAAACUAGGCAGUCAUCAUCAAGUACCUACCAGUCUUUUUCUAUGGCGUCUCAGGGCGAUCCCCUGGUCGAUGACAUGGCACAUCUGUCCACUGGUGGCUACGAAGGCAACGCAUCAAUGUCAGACUCGUUGCAUAUGUCUCGUUCUCCUCCACCGGACGCCCAUGGCUCCCCUUCACUCACAUCGUCUCAUCAUCGUACUCGAAGCCAAGAAACCGCAGUCGCUGAU